AUGGGAUUCGUGUCUUUUAUUCUUCUUCUUCUUCUUCUUCUUGCGGCGGACAAGAUCACCAACUGGGUCGCGCCGAAUGACGAGAGUGGCGAGUUCAAGCGCGGGCAGUCGCAGUUCCGGAAUUUUGUGAGGAAGGGGAAAGGGGAGGAGUUUCCUCCGGAGGCUGGGAGGUAUCAUCUUUAUGUCUCGUACGCCUGCCCAUGGGCGCACCGCGCCUUGAUCGUCCGCCAGCUCAAAGGCCUGCAAGACAUCAUCCCCUUCACCUCGGUGCAUUGGCACAUGCAGGAGCUGGGCUGGCACUUCGCCGACGGGUCGUCGUCGCAGACCGACGCGCCGGGCGCGAAUGUUACGCUCGACCCGGUCAAGGGCCACGAGGGCUACAAGCACAUCCGAGACCUGUACUUUGCGGUCGACCCGGGGUACCAGGGCCGCUUCACGGUGCCCGUGCUGUACGACGUCAAGCAGGGCAAGAUUGUCAGCAACGAGAGCUCGGAGAUUAUCAGGAUGUUUUACACGGAGUUCGACGACCUUCUCGCUCCCGAGUUUCAAAAGCUGGACCUGCUCCCGGCCGCGCUGCAGUCGCAGAUCGACACCACGAACGAGUGGACCUACAACGACAUCAACAACGGCGUCUACAAGUCCGGCUUUGCCACUACCCAAGAGGCCUACACCAAGGCCGUCACGACGCUCUUCGCCGCCCUCGACCGGGUCGAGGCCCACCUCGCCACCGUCACCGACGGGCCCUACUACUACGGCCCUACCCUCACCGAGGCCGACAUCCGCCUCUUCACGACCAUCAUCCGCUUCGAUGUCGUCUACGUGCAGCACUUCAAGACGAACGUCCGCACCAUCCGGGCCGACUACCCGUAUAUCCACCGCUGGCUCCGGGGGCUGUACUGGGGCAAUAAGGCGUUUGAGGAAACGACGGAGUUUACGCACAUCAAGAAGCACUACACCAAGAGCCACACGCAGAUCAACCCGUUCAGCAUCACGCCGCUGGGUCCCGAGCCGCCGAUCCUGCGGAUGGACGAGGAGGUGCCGGCCGUGCGGUUCGCGUUAGCGCAGGCGCAGGUGGCCCAGAAGUAG